AUGCCCCCACCCCGUCACUACGCACUCGACUCUACGCUCGUCUCGCUCAUCCCCACGUCGACUCGCCCCAGUCCAACAGCCCACCCUGACCGAUCGCUCGACUCCACACCGUACACCGCGCUCUUGGACUACAAAACCGCUGACCGCCAACUCGGACUGCUUGACAUCUACUCUGGCCCGGAGCCGCUCGAUUCCGAAAGCUAUGGCCACCCGACCCCCGUGCACACGCCGAUGCUGGAUCCCGCACACACGCCGACGCUGGACCUCGCGCACACGCCCACGUCAGACCCCGCACUCACACCCGCUCGACGCCGCAUCACUCUCGCCCGACUCGGCCCUCAUGUGUGCGCACGCGCACGGCGCCUGUGCCCUCCGCUCUCGUUUUCAUGCGGGACAGACGAGGUGCCAGUGCGCAAGAGCCAGGACGAGAAGUACUCCGAGCGGACGGACGAGCACUGGCCGAACUCGAACGCGGACGGCUAUUCCUACUACACGAUCUUCCAGGAUCGCCGCAGCGAGCGCAACCGCGAGAAGCGCCUCCCAGGCAAGCACCCCAGCACCUCCAAGUCGAACAGCAACGGAUCCUCGCCGCACGGGAACGACGGUGGCAGCGGCGGCCCCGAGAACGGGCGGUAGCAGGGCAGCGUGCCGUAGACAUCGCUGAUGUUCUCGCACUCGGAGCGGGUCACGCAGGAGCUGCAGCAGGUCAGCCGCGGCUCAACCCCGAAAACAAUGGCCCCCCGACCCCGCGCACACGCCGACACUCGACCUCGCACCCACACCCGCUGGCGUAGUCACCCGCUCGACGCCGCGCCAUUCUCACUCGAUUCCUCGCCACUCUCACUCGACUCGGCCCUCGUGCGCACGCGCAUGCUCGUGCUCGCACCCGCACCCACGCUGUCACAACCCCGAGCCCGACAAUGACUCUGCGCGUGGAGACACGCCCAACCCGGAGUACUCGUACCCGCGCUCGCUCGACUCGGCUACGCGCAGGCACGAUUGCAAGUUCGCAACCACCUGCCCAUUCGACUGCCACGGUCCCGCGCGGAAACACAGGUUAUGGAGGAAAAUACAUGGUACACAUAGUUAAUAGGUAUUGGUUACUGGUUACUUACUGGUACAUGUACAUGUGUGGGGCCCGAGCGCAGGUUCAUUGGCUAGAGGAUGUGAUCGUGUUUAGACGCUGGCGGUCUCGAACAUACAAUGCAAAAGUUACGAAAUUU